ACCCUUGUCCUGUGGGGAAGAAAACUGAUCGAUCCACCCCCAAAUCAAUUUCCAUCCAGCUCUCCCCAAAUGCCCUCGGCAUCCCCAAUUUCGCGUUGAGCCGUGUACCGGAUCUGUGGUCGUCUCGCCGGCGAUCGCCAAGGGAGGCGUCACGCGUAAAGGAUCCCAACCCCCGGCCCCCACAUCUCCCGCCACCACCAGCACCUCCGCCGUCCAAAACCCUGAGCGCCACUACCAGCAACCUCCACGGCCAGCUCCUUUCCCCGCCGCCCAGCAUCAAUCGGCCAAAUCCUACGUCGCCGUGCCCAGCAACCCGCCGCCGCCUCUAGCCACCCACGCCUAUACGCCGUGGCCAUCAGCAAACAGCCGCCGCCAGGCACCCUCCCUCGCUCAGAACUACGCCGCCAGCAAUCGGCCGCUGCAACCACAUUCAUCGUCGCCCCAUAUCUACGUCGUCGCCACCAGCAACCCGACCGCCCCAGCCCCUUCAGCAGCAACCCACCGCCACCACGAACUCGCUGCCACCAACAGGAGCCCCGCCGGCCCCCACCAGCAGCUAUCCCGCAACGAAGAGUGGAACAAAGGGCAGUUGUGUUCCGGCCACCCCCACAAGCUUCUGAAGGAUUGAGGGUGAGAUCUAGGCUGCGUGUUUUGUGUUUCCUUCCAUGGGAUUUUUUUUUUGUCUGAUGCAAUUUCUAUUGCAUAAUGUACACCAAUUUUCUGCAUCAAUUCCAGCAGAGCGUACCGGAUCUGUGGUCGUCUCUCUGGCGAUUGCCAAGGGAGGCGAUGGACCUGGCGCCGUCGCUGCCUGACGACGUGCUCGCGGCCAUCCUCCGACGCCUCGCGCCGCGCGGCCUCGCCGCGUCCCGCUGCGUCUGCAAGUCGUGGCGCCGCGUCGUCGACGCCCACCGCCUGCUUCGCGCGGACCUCCUCCCGCUCUCGCUGGGCGGCAUCUUCCUCAACUUGCUCGACCUAUAUUUCACGCAGUUCCUCUCCCGCCCCACGACGGGCGCCGCCGUCUCCGGUCGGCUCGACUACACGGCGCCUGGCGAGCCCGACGUGGUGCCCCUCUUCUACGUGCUCGAUCAUUGCAAUGGCCUCCUCUUGCUCGAUCACUGCGUGGUUAACCCUGCCACAAGGCAGUGGGCGCUCUUGCCCCCGCCCCCACCCCUGCCCCAACCCCCACCUCCAGGCAUGCAUUUUCGCACAGACCACUACCUCGUGUUUGACCCCACCCUGUCGCCCAACUAUGAGUUGUUCAUAAUGCCCGAUGUUCCUUUCAAGUUGAACGAAUGUGAGGAAUUUGAAUGGCCGCCGUCCACAUUGAUCCUACCUGUGUUUUCAUCAAACACUGGUUCGUGGGAGGAGAGGACAUUUGGUCGGGAAGGGGAGGCUGCAGGGAUGGUACCUGGCAUGGUUGGGUCAGUACGGGAUUGCCAUCAUCAGUGUGCCUACUGGCGAGGAGCACUUUAUAUAUGUUGCUCCGACUGUUUUGUUAUGAGAAUAUCACUGACAGACAAUAAGUAUCGAGUAAUUAGAUUGCCCACAGACGUGCCCGAAGAUCGAGAAUUUUAUCUAGGAAAAUCAAUCAAGGGGGUAUACUGUGCAUCAUUAUUCCAGGGGUCCCAACUUCAGGUUUGGUUCCUUAACGACCCGUGUGGUCAGGCCGAGUGGGUGUUGAAGCAUGACAGAGACAUUUUCCCCAUCCUGCCAAAUCUGAACUUUGACAAACAAUGUGAUGGACCUUGGAUCUUACAACAAUUUAACUAUUGGCAAGGUGUCGUUCAACAUUCUGAUGAAGAUUCUGCUGUGGAGGACAACAACGAAGCAAUAGUGGAAGAGAAAUUUGAGUGGGACUCUGACAAUGAUAAUGUUCUCGAACCUGGAAGUAGGAGCAAGGACAGUUAUAUCCUUUUCCUUGGAUUUCAUCCUUAUAAAGAGGUUGUCUUCUUGAGUGAUAAAUUGGACAGAGUGCUAGCCUAUAAUUGGAGUAGCUCAAAGCUUCAAGAUUUGGGCAAGCUUUUCCCAAAAUUCUAUACUGAUCGCCCUUACCAAUAUACAUGGGUAAAAGCGUCUUUCCCAUACACUCCCUGCUGGUUGGGGGAGCUCCCUGAAAAACUAAAUUUAGAAGCUCAGCUAGAAGAUUAGAAUGCGUUUGUUGCAAGUUAUUUGAAGAAUGGAAUAGCUAGUCUACUCUUGUGCGUUGUUCUUUUGAUAUUUGUGUGCACUGAUUGUUCCCUGAAAAACUAAAUUUAGACAUCUCCAGUUUAAAUUUCCUUAUUUUCCCUGUUGUUGUAAGUACAAUCGAUCCUAAGUUGCUGCAUCAACCACGGCUGAGAGAGCUGGAUGCUUUUCUAUCUCAGCUGCAAUGAUUCAGAUGCUCAUGAACCUGGAGGGCUCUUGAGGAAUGGAUUCUUUUGGUGAGA